AUGGCCCCUCAACUCCACCACAACCCUCCCUUCCGGGCUGAGCAUCUCGGCUCCCUCCUCCGUACUGAUGAGCUCCUCGACAUCAAGACCGCCUACGAGAAGGGCGAGGCCUCCGAGUCUGCUCUCCAGGCUGUCGAGCAGAAGGAUAUCAAGGAUGUCGUUGCGCUCCAGAAGGAACUGGGUUACCCUGCUCUCUCCGACGGAGAGUACUGCCGUCACAUGUUCUGGGGAUCCUUCUUCCCGGGUCUGGAGGGAUUCGAGGAGGUGAACGACGUUGACGCCGAGAGCUUCCGUCCCUAUGCCCCCGAUGUUGCUGCCUUCCUUGAGGCCGGUCACAAGCCCGGUGAGACCGUGAUCUGCACGGGCAAGAUCAAGCACGUCGGCAGCACCUAUGUCGACCAGUUCAAGUACCUGGCCAGCCUCGUAGCCCCUGAGGAGGUCAAGAACGUGAAACUCACCCUGGCCGCCCCCAACUGGUACCACCUGCGUUACAAGGAGGGCAAGGCCUACCCCAAGGAGGUCUAUGCUUCCGACGACGAGUACUUCGCCGAUAUUGCCAAGGCCUACCAGGAUGAGCUCCAGAUCCUGUACGAUGCUGGCUGCCGCAACGUUCAGUUCGAUGACCCCAACCUUGCUUACUUCUGCUCCGAGAAGAUGCUGGCGGGCUGGAAGGAAGACCCUCUGAACAUCCACUCCGCCGACGAGGUGUUCCAGAAGUACAUCAAGCUGUAUAACGACCUGCUGUCCAAGCGCCCCGCCGACUUCCACGUCGGUGUGCACAUCUGCCGUGGUAACUUCGUCGGCAGCCGUCACUUCUCCGAGGGUGGCUACGACCGCAUCGCCACCAAGCUCUUCCAGGAGCUCAACGUGGACACCUACUACCUCGAAUACGACACUCCCCGUGCCGGUGGCUUCGAGCCCCUGAAGGAGCUCCCCAAGCACAAGAACGUCAUCCUGGGUGUCGUGACCAGCAAGUUCCCCGAGCUCGAGGACAAGGAGGAGAUGAAGAAGCGCGUCUACGACGCCGCCAAGUUCAUCGCCGAGGGCAACAACAUCUCCGUCGAGGAGGCCCUCGACCAGGUCGGUGUCAGCCCUCAGUGCGGUUUCGCCAGCCACCGCGAGGGCAAUGCCAUUGACCGCACGGGCAUGAUCAACAAGCUCAAGCUGGUUCGUGAGAUCGCCAACGACAUCUGGCCCGGUCAGCUGUAA